GGACAAGCAUGCUCGGCCGAUUCCAGCGCGGUGCAGCCUCGCAUGGCCUCCUGCGCCGAGCCUUUGCGACCAACUCGCUCACGCAAGCUGUACGCGAGCGCAAGCUGCCUCCGUUCCGUUCGCUGGCAGUGGCCGAGAUGGCACCCGCGCUCCGCGAGGCCAUCAAGGCCUUUGAGGCGGACGUGAGCACGAUUGAAGCCACGUUGCGCGCCAAGACGCAGCCCGUCGAGUGGCAGACAAUCAUGGACCCGCUCGAAAUCCAAGGCGACGCGCUCCAGCGGCUCUGGGGCAUCGUUGGUCACCUCAUGAGCGUUCAGAACUCGCCGGCGCUGCGCGAAGUCCACGCUGCGAUGCAGACCGAAGUCGUCACGAUCUUUACGCGGUUUUCGCAGAGCCCCGAGAUCUUUGCAGCGUACAAGGAGCUUCGAAGCAGUGCGUCGUGGGCCACGUUUAGCGAGGCCCAGCAGCGCAUCAUCGACUCGUCGAUUCGCGGCGCGACACUGAGCGGCGUCGGCCUCGAGGGCGAGGAGAAGGACCGCUUCAACCAGUUGCAGCUGCGGUCGGCCGAACUGAAAACGAAAUUCUCCAAUAACGUGCUCGAUGCGACCAAGGCGUUCUCGCUCAUCGUCACGAACAAAGAUGAGCUUGACGGCGUCCCGGCCUCGCUCCUUCCGCUCUUGGCCCAGAACGCCGCUGCCGACGGGCAUGACGGCGCGACGGCCGAGAACGGGCCGUGGAAGCUCUCGCUUGACAUGCCCGUGCUGCUGCCCAUGCUCAAGUACUGCACGAACCGGACGCUGCGCGAGACGCUCUACCGCGCCAACGCAACCAAGGCCAGUGUCGUGCCACACGACAAUACCGAGAUCAUCAACGAGACGCUGCGGCUGCGGCAAGAACGCGCGAAGCUCCUCGGGUUCUCCUCGUACGCUGAGCUGAGUUUGGCGACCAAGAUGGCGCCGAGCGUCGACGAUGUCAACCGCAUGCACAACGAGCUCCGCGCCAAGUGCCACCCGAUCGCUGUCGCCGAGCUCGACCAGCUCGCCGCCUACGCCACGACGCACGGUCAGACGACGCCGCUGGCACUCUGGGACGUGGCCUACUGGACGGAGAAGAUGCGGGCGGACCUGUACACGCUCGACGAUGAAAUCAUCAAGCCCUACUUUCCGUUGCCCAAGGUGCUGGAGGGCCUGUUUGACUUGACAGCGCGCCUCUUUGGUGUCACGAUCGAGGCCGCCGAUGCGUCGGUCGAAACGUGGCACGACGACGUGCGGUUCUUCAAUGUUCGCCGCGCCGACGGCGAGAAGGAGAUCGUCGCCAGCUUCUUCCUCGACCCGUACGCGCGCCCAGCCGAGAAGAACGGCGGUGCGUGGAUGAACACGUGCGUCGGCCGCUCCAAGCUCCUUGGUGUCAACGGCGCGAUCCGCAUUCCGGUGGCGUACCUCAUCUGCAACCAGUCGCCGCCCGUCGGCGACAAGCCGAGCUUGAUGAACUUCCGCGAGGUCGAGACCCUCUUCCACGAGUUUGGCCACGGCCUCCAGCACAUGCUGACAACUGUCGACUAUGAAGGCGCGGCUGGCAUCAACGGCGUCGAGUGGGACGCGGUCGAGCUUCCGUCGCAGUUUAUGGAAAACUUUUGCUACCACCGCGGCACGAUCAACGACAUUAGCGGCCACUACGAGACCAACGAGCCGCUGCCGGCUGAGCUCUUUGAGAAGAUCUGCGACGCGCGCAAGUACAUGGCCGCGUCCGGGAUGCUGCGCCAGCUCAACUUUGGCGCCCUCGACAUGCACCUCCACCACACGUUUGACCCGUCGGGCAAUGAGACCAUCUUUGACGUGCAGCGUAAAAUCGCCAACGACUUUGCCGUCAUGAAGCCGCUGCCGGAAGACCGGUUCCUGUGCUCGUUCUCGCACAUCUUUGCGGGCGGGUACGCGGCCGGCUAUUACAGCUACAAGUGGGCCGAGGUGCUCUCGUGCGACGCGUUCAGCAAGUUUGAAGAAGCCGGCCUCAACGACGAAGCCGCGCUCGCCAAGACGGGCCGCGAGUUCCGCGACACGGUGCUUGCGCUCGGCGGCUCGCGCCACCCGCUCCAGGUCUUUGAAGCGUUCCGUGGUCGUCCCCAGAGCACGGACGCGCUUUUGAAGCACUAUGGACUUCAGUAAAACACCAAAUUUGCCGU